AACGGCUCUAUGGCGGAGGAGCCUGCGGGACGUUGGUUCGCUCUGUGCGACAAAGAUGGGACGGGGAAGGUUCUUCAGCUCAGAACUGUCAAGGCGCAGCAGAAACUUGCAGAAGCAGCAGGAGCUAGGAAGAUUUUCGACGAGAGCGCUAUCAAGCCCGGCGCCAUGACUGACCGGGACACAUUCGUGAUGAGCGUGCUUGAGCUGGCGGAGUCGAGCGGGAAGGAGGUUGCGGUGGCUGCGGCCCUUGAAGAGAUGAUCGCCGAUAUUGAGAUGUACGGUCUUCCUCCUUGCGAGUCUGGAGAUCCUGUGCGAGACAUGGAAGAAUACAGAAGGUAUCAUGGUCUGGAUCGCGUUUUCGGGUUCCUUCUCCAAUCUCUCAUCAUGCAUGAGCCCAAUGAUCCGGUUCAGCACAUGCAAGAGCGAGUGAAUGAGCUUUCAGAAUUUGUGCGGCUGCGUCGAGACAUCGGCGACCAGCCGUACCACGGGCAUGAGGCGAUCAAGAAGAGCGCGUAAGAGGAGAGCGCGAGAGCAGCACCAUGCAUGGAUGUGUGUACAUAUGUCGAGGAGCAAGGAGAGGACGGAGGAGGAGGAGAAAAGAGGAGGAGAGGGAGGAGCGAGCAACUGACAGACAUUUAAUAAGAAAAGUUUCAGCG